AUGUCUAGCUAUUCAACUCUCAAAACUUUAGACGACCAAGCCGGUGGGAUCACUUUUCACGACCUUGUGGUUAGCUCCACCAUGGACCAAGCCGUGCAACUCCACCGCCUCGCCUCUACGGUGAAACGGCGUCAUUCUCUUCACAAACACGCCACGUCAGCUUUGCUCGACUGCUUGGAGCUCUACGAAGACACCAUAGACCAGCUCAACCACUCUCGGAGAUCGUACGGUCAAGACUUUUCGGCGCAUGAUAGACAAACCUCGCUAAGCGCCGCCAUAGCUAAUCAAGACACAUGCAGAAACGGAUUUAAAGAUUUUCAUCUUACCUCUUCAUAUUCAAAAUACUUCCCCAUACACAUUCACCGAAAUCUCACUAAAUCAAUAAGCAACUCUUUGGCGGUCUCUAAGGCUGCAGCUGCGGCUGAGGCGGUUGCCGAGAAAUAUCCCGCGACGGCGUUCACAAAGUUUAGCAAACAAGUAAGUCGAGCCGGAGGUGGUGGUGGUGGUCGGAGAUUGAUGUUUUCGGAUGAGAAGUUUCCUUCGUGGAUACCUCAUUCGGACCGAAAACUUCUGGAAGAUUCGGAAACUAAGACCAAAGCCGAUCUUGUGGUGGCUAAAGACGGUUCGGGUCGUUACACAAGUAUUCAAGAAGCGGUAAACGCAGCAGCGAAAUUUCCUCGGAGUAACAAGAGACUUGUGAUAUACGUUAAAUCCGGCGUUUACCGAGAAAACGUGGAGAUUAAGAAAUCGAUCAAGAACGUCAUGGUUAUCGGAGACGGCAUCGAUUCUACCAUCGUCACCGGAAAUAGGAACGUUAAAGAUGGCACGACGACGUUUCGAUCCGCAACUUUUGGUACGUCGUCCGUGCUGUAUAGUGUAUAUGGUUGA